AAACUUCAUCGAUACCUUCUUGUUUUGCUUGACCUGAAAAGUCAAUGGUUGACCAAGUGAGUCACUCACCACCCAUUAGUCUCUUAUCUUCUCAAAAUUCUUCAAUUCUCUUCUCGUUUUUUUUUUUUUAUCAAUUCCAAUGAUCUGUCACGUUUUAGUAAUUUUCACUAUUCUCGUUUCCGCCGUCGUCGACGCAACGGCGUCGUAUGAGCCCACUGAUGUCUUUCUCAUCAAUUGCGGCGAUACCUCCAACAACAUGGACUACAGUGGCCGGAACUGGACGACGGAGAAUCCGAAAUUUAUGUCAUCGAAUGCAGUUGACGACGCGUCGUUCACUUCAUCUGCGUCAUACCAAGAAUCAGGGAUUCCUCAAGUGCCGUACUUGAAAGCUAGGAUUUUCCGAUAUGAUUUCACUUACAGUUUUCCAGUCUCUCCCGGCUGGAAAUUCCUCCGGUUAUACUUUUAUCCGACCCGUUACGGAUCCGAUUUCGACGCCGUUAAAUCCUUCUUCUCCGUCAACGUCAACCGUUUCACUCUCUUGCAUAACUUCAGUGUAAAAGCUUCCAUACCGGAGUCAAGUUCUCUAAUCAAAGAGUUUAUCGUUCCGGUUAACCAAACUCUUGAUCUCACGUUCACGCCCUCUCCGAAUUCAUUAGCUUUCGUUAACGGAAUCGAGAUUAUCUCCAUGCCUGACCGGUUUUACUCAAAGGGAGGAUUUGACGACGUUGUAAGAAACGUUGGUAGGGACGUUGACUUCGAGAUAGACAACUCCACGGCUUUCGAGACCGUUUAUCGGGUAAACGUAGGUGGAAAAGUGGUGGGCGACGUCGGAGAUUCGGGAAUGUUCCGGCGUUGGCUUUCCGAUGAAGGUUUCUUACUCGGUAUUAAUUCGGGAGCCAUUCCGAAUAUAACAGGUGUAAAGAUCAACUACACGGAUAAAACUCCCGCGUACGUUGCGCCGGAAGAUGUAUACACGACGUGUCGCCUGAUGGGGAACAAAGACAGUCCUGAGCUAAACCUGAAUUUCAACCUGACGUGGCUCUUUGAAGUCGAUGCCGGGUUUGCCUAUAUAGUGAGGCUUCAUUUCUGUGAGACGCAACCGGAAGUCAACAAAACGGGUGACCGCGUCUUCUCCAUCUUCUUCGGAUAUCAACUGGCCAUGCGUGAAAUGGACGUGUUUCGGCUGAGUGGUGGUUUUCGGCUACCGAUGUAUCUAGAUUUCAAGGUACUUGUCGACGCCGACGGAACUAGCCAGAGACCUAGUCUUCGAGUUGACUUGACACCUUACAAAGAGGACUAUCCAACCUAUUACGACGCUAUUUUGAGUGGUGUAGAGAUUCUCAAGCUGAGUAAUUCUGAUGGUAAUCUUGCGGGGCUUAAUCCAAUUCCUCAACUAAGUCCACCACCACAAUCUAUAACGCCACUAAAAGGAAAAGGCAAGUCAUCACAUGUUUUGCCAAUAAUAAUUGCAGUGGUUGGUUCUGCAGUUGCGCUAGCGUUUUUUGUUCUUGUUGUUGUCCUCGUUGUUAUGAAGAGAAAGAAGAAGAGCAACGAGUCUAGUGUAGAUACCACGAACAAGCCUUCUACGAACUCGUCAUGGGGUCCUCUUCUGCACGGGACAGGCUCUACAAAUACAAAAUCUGCCUCAUCUCUUCCAUCAGAUCUCUGCCGUCGAUUCUCCAUCUACGAAAUCAAAUCCGCCACAAAUGAUUUCGAGGAAAAACUAAUCAUAGGAGUAGGCGGGUUUGGUUCUGUCUACAAAGGACGAAUAGACGGUGGAGCCACACUUGUUGCGGUUAAACGGCUGGAAAUUACAUCGAACCAAGGUGCUAAAGAGUUCGAUACAGAGCUCGAGAUGCUUUCAAAGCUUCGACAUGUACACCUCGUCUCUCUAAUCGGAUAUUGCGAUGACGACAACGAGAUGGUACUUGUCUAUGAGUAUAUGCCACAUGGUACACUUAAAGAUCAUCUUUUCAGGAGAGACAAGGCCUCUGAUCCUCCAUUGUCAUGGAAACGAAGGCUAGAGAUUUGCAUUGGAGCAGCUCGUGGAUUACAGUAUCUUCAUACUGGAGCCAAGUACACGAUCAUACAUAGAGACAUCAAAACCACAAACAUACUUCUCGAUGAGAACUUCGUCGCUAAAGUAUCUGACUUUGGUUUAUCAAGAGUUGGUCCUACUAGUGCUUCUCAAACGCAUGUCUCCACCGUCGUUAAAGGAACGUUUGGUUACUUGGAUCCCGAGUACUAUCGCCGUCAAAUCUUGACCGAAAAAUCCGACGUGUACUCUUUUGGAGUUGUUCUGUUGGAGGUUUUGUGCUGUAGACCGAUCAGAAUGCAAAGUGUUCCACCGGAACAAGCAGAUUUGAUCCGAUGGGUGAAGUCAAAUUUCAAUAAAAGAACCGUUGAUCAGAUCAUUGACUCAGAUUUAACCGCUGAUAUCACUUCGACCUCGAUGGAGAAGUUUUGUGAGAUAGCCAUUAGAUGUGUUCAAGACCGUGGUAUGGAACGGCCACCGAUGAACGACGUUGUUUGGGCGCUUGAGUUUGCUCUUCAGCUUCACGAGACUGCUAAGAAGAAGAAUGACAACGUGGAGUCUCUGGAUCUAAUGCCAAGUGGUGAAGUUGGUACGACCACGGACGGAGAAGAUGACUUGUUUAGUAGGACUACAGGACACGUUGGGAAAUCGACCACGACCGAUGACUCUGUUCUAGUUGUUGGUGAUGAGAGGAGUGGUUCGAGUUGGGGAGUAUUUUCGGAGAUCAAUGAACCUAAAGCACGGUAGAUUUGAUGGCUUGGUAAACAAGUAUCACAUUCUGGUUAGGGUUGAUAUAUAUUUGUGUAUGUAUAAUUGUUGAAUAAACACAUUAUUGUAUUUAAAUUACAUUUUGAUGAUUAUUUAGCAGCUUAAAUUUAGAUAUUAUAUACUUGCUUUUAUUUGACCAGAGAUAAAGUUGGAUUUUUUUUUGGCGGUUCGUAACGG